UGCCGGGGCUUGCCAGGAAGAGGGACACUGGCAGGGAACUGGGAGGGAAGUGCUCAGCACUCUGCAAGGUGCAGCAGCGCCAGGGGUGAGCAGGGAGGAGGGGGAAGUGCCCCCAGUCCCUCCCCACUGCCCCCAAAAAUGGGGGGUGACGAGGAGAAAAGGGAUUCAAAUGGAGGGAGGAAAGCUUUUCUGUGACUGUGUAUGAACUGGGGAGGGUCCCCAUUCAGCUACAAUUUAAAGGGUCUCAGUUGAAGGAAAACACACCUUUUUCAUUAUUUUGGGUGUCUCCCUUGGCAGGCAAUCACUGCUUGCCAUGAUUUCCAUGUUUAAAUGGAAGGAGAAAACCUUUAUCAUCCUGCAUGAAUUGAGGGAAAGAGCCCAUUUUCAUCAUUGUCAGGUUCAAACUGAGGGCAAACCCCGCUGUGCCUGCUCUGAAAGGGCUUCCGUUGAGAGGAACCUCUUGAUGAGCCAUUGUAAGAGUGCCAUCGAGGGGACCCUCCAUCUGAAGGGACCUUCACAGAUGAAAAAGAUGUGCAAAAGCUCCCAGUAUGAUCUUUGUUGAGGGAAACUGCAUUUGCCCUCAAUUUUGCAGGAUAAAGUGAGGACAAUCCCCUUCUGGGAGAAUACCUGGGGCUGUGUCUGAUUCCCUCAGAGCAGGAGCAGCCUUGCCCUCAGCAGCUCACAGCCCUGCCCCACAAGGAUGUGUCACAGAAGGGUUGGUAAAGACCACAGGAGCCUCAGCUCAGGUGAGGCUUUCCACAGAGCCCAGAGAUCUUAUCCUGGAACCCUGAAAGCACAGGAGAAUCAGGAGCCAGCCCUGGCUCAAGGCACAGCAACCCUGCUGAAACAAGAGAAGGGAGCAAAGGCUGAGGAGGCAGGGCAGGAACGGCUGCAGAGCCUGUUCAAAGAGAGGCAUCUGCAGCUGGAGAACAGAACAGAGAUCCCAGAGCGACACGUGUCUGUGGAGAGUUACACAAAGAUGUGUCAAAGUUUGUGAAAAGCCACUUAUAAACAAGGUCAUGACAUCUUAUGAACAAUGCCUGUUCUAAAAAUCAGUGAAUUCACAUGAUGGAACCAAUACAUCAGCAGUGACUGCCUCAGGAAUUUGAGACAAUAUUCUUCCAGCCCUCCUGGAUCCAUAGCAAUGAAACAAGGAACAGCUCCCAGUGGAUCACAGCCAUAGUGCAGAACAACCCCCCACUCCCCUGAGUUAUCUCUGGGAGAUAAAACAGAAGAGAUGCCAAUGAAUGAUCCUGUUGGGCAGGGCAGCACUGGCACCUGUGCAGUCUGUGAGGGGAUCAAGGGCUCAGCAAACUGGAUCUUCUUCUGUGCAAGGGCAGGUGUUUGUCAGUGUUCCAUCACUGCUGUUUCAGCUGGGUCUGUCUCAUCUCUAGAAGGAAAUAACUACAUCAUUAAAUGUAAACAGACAUAUUGAAACAAAAUUAACUUGGGACUUAAGAUUAAUUGCAGUGCAAUUCAAUGCCACCUCAGUAGCAUUAGAGGUACACUUAAGAGAACUUAAAGUUAUCAUCUUUAAUACUGAAUAAAAAGUGAUCUUAUGAAACUGGAAUAGAAGAUGAAAAGGGUUAAAGUGAAGAAGACUGAAACUUGACCUGGUCCAAACUCAGGAAUGCUCAAACCUGACAGAAAUCCACCUCCACAUAAAUGACUCUUAACAAAAUUAACUCAAUAGAGUAAUAAAACAUAACUUUACUCAGAUCUUAAUUUGCUUAAUCUGAGCAAGACUAAAACCAUAACCAAAUGAAACAGAACCGAACUAACAAUCAAUAUCCUUAAAAGUUCUGGGUACUACAAAAUGUAACUUAUUCUGCUGCUGUUAAUACCAAAAGGCACUGACAAUGUGAACAAAGUGGGGCUGAAAUAAGGGCAUGAUGGCUUUACUAGAGGGAUUAGAGAAGUGUGACAAAUACGCUGACCCUAUGUAAUUUAACUUUGAGAAAAACUCAUGGUAACCACAAAUUUUAAGGACUCAUAACUUUACUAAGUCCUUUUAAAGUGCAAUUGUACCAAAAGAGACAACAAUGUAGAGUCUGGCAAAGUGCCGAACAAACCGGGAGCUUCUCGAGGUUGUAUUCAGUGUAAUAGCACAUGGGAAAUGUUAUCAGGAGGAGGAGGAGGAGCAGGAGCAGGAGCAGGAGGAGGAGCAGGAGGAGGAGUCUCGGGUUCCCUCUCUGGUUGAGAUGAUCCCGAGGUGUGUUAAAAGUCUUUUUUCCUCAACCCAUCUGUCCGGGAAGAAAUCAGGGUUUUGUCUUUGGCUGUCAUUCUCAAAGUUGUUUAUUAUUUCUUAUCUAAAACAUUUUCUGUCUGGCCUGCCGAGGUCUGUUCUGCAGGUCAGUCUGAGGCACACUGCCCUCCCACGGGGCUGGUGUUGUCUUUGAUACUAUAAACUAUGUAUUCGAUAUUUACAGUUAUUUUCCAAUACCUAUCACCUACGUUAGACAGUGACUUUCUACUCUACACCAAUCCCAAAGUGCCUCCAUCAUCAAGAAGAUGGAGGCUAGAAAGAAGAAGGAAGGACAGGACAAUGCCCAAAUUGCUCCAUCUUGUCCCUAGACCCCCAUAGUGAAAUUCUUUAAAAUUCCACCUUUCACCCUGUGACAACUACUGUUAUGCUACUUAAACUUUUGUGACUUGUAAUUCUUUGUAUAAGGUUGGUAAUUUGCUCCAUGGGUCGAACUCAAAGCCACAGGGGUCUUUGGCUUCCUGCCAGGGUAUCCGACCGCCCUGCCAGGGCUUUGAGCCAUCCAGGCAUCCAGAGGGAUGUCCUGGAUUCCGGCAGAGGAGCAGGAGGAGGAGCAGGAGGAGGCACUGUAUUUACCGCUUUGAAUCUUCUCAGAGAAAUCAGAGUUCACUACAAACACAAGAUUAACUUUCCAAAAGCAUUUCAGCACAUUUUUAAGACAUUCUAGAAGGCGGUGCGUUAAGGUUUCAGCAGUCGGGGCAGGCAGAGCCCUUCCGGCAGAUGCCGGGGGUUCGCCCCGCCGCAGGGGGAGCCGCGGGGGCAGUGAGGCGGCCCGGGGGAAGCGGAGCCGCCGGGCCGGGCCGGGCGGGGCCGAGCCCCGGGAGCGGGGCAAGCGCAGGCGGCAGCGAGGGGCGGCGGCGCGGGGGAAGCGAGCCGGGACCGCCCGGGGCUCGCCGUGGGCCGGGCAGCCCCGCGCUCCGCCCAGCCACAGCGACUCGGGCUCAGGACCCCAGUCCGGGCCGGCAGCGCCAGAGCGGAGAAACAACCGAUCCCGGGCAGGGCAGCGGGAACCCCGAGGAGAGGGGGCCGCGCCCGCGGUGCAAAAGAGCCACGCCUUCGAGCAGCGCUCCCGGCCCGCGCUCCUCAGCUGCUUCCGGCACGCUGAUUGAUCUAAAAGGCCAAAAUCCCUCCCACACUGACGACAGCUUUAAAACUGCGGUGCCAGCGGCCGUGGCGUCCUCUGGACGGCGCCGCAGCGGUGGUGGUGGUACCCGGAGCCCGGCGGCGGCUGCAGCCCAGGGUGCCAGCAGCGCGGCUGCAAAGCUGCUCCCGAGGCCGAGCUCCCAAAGGAUCUGUCAGCACUCCUGAUGCCUCCGUUUCAAGGUGCUGUUUGUUCCUGUCAGAGAGAUUCCGGCUGUGAGCUGGAGGAGAGUGAAUUGUGCUCCAUUCAUGGAGUUGUGAAGGAACUCCUGCAUCCCCAGGAGGGACCAGCAGCCGGGGUUCCACACUCGCCUGGGGCACAAGGAGCCACUUGGCAUCAGCAGAAGGCUGCCACUUGUGAGCUUGCAGUGAGUGAAAAUGUGGAGAAUGGAUUCUGCACCAGGGAUGGGAGUGUGAGGGAGCUCCUGGAUCCCCAGGGCACAUCAGCAACCAGCACUGAACACAAAAGGGGCCUCAGAAGAUUGCUGGGUGAAUGGUUCAGGAGCCAUCCCGUGGGCACGGCGCUGCUGAUUCUGCUGCUCCUGCUGCUGCUGCUGGCUUUGGGGGUGGUCUUGGCUGUGCUGGCAGCAGCAGCAGCACAGGUUCCAGUGACACCUGCCACUCCACAGUGUGUUCUGGGCUGUCCCCCUGGCUGGGUUGGCUACAAUGGGGUCUGCUACUACUUGUCAAGGGAUUACAGCAGCUGGGAGCAGGCUGAGGAACGGUGCUCGGAGCUCGGGGCCUCCCUAGCCAUUCUGAAGGAUGAGGAGGAAAUGGGUUUGCUCUUCCGCCUCCGCGGGAACGGCGAUUACUGGCUCGGGCUGCGCAGACGGGGCGAGCGCCUGCACUGGGGGGACGGCAGCAGCUACAGCUCCCGGGUUCCUGUCCUCGGCAAUUCCGACUGUGUGUACCUGGCUGACGGGGAGAGAUUCAGGAGUGAGUUCUGCUCCAACGAGCGGCCGUAUGUCUGCAGCAAGGCCCAGGCUCCCCUGUAACAGGGGCUGCAGAAAGGACCUUGUCCACGCUGGGCAGUGCCAGCUUCACCUCUCAGCCCAGCCCAGGGCUGUCCUUGCUCAGCUGCACCCUGUGCCUUGCCCUCGCUCUCAGGGUCACCUCAGUGCCUCUUCAUCCAUGCCCAGUGCCAGCGCUGGGCUGGGUGUGCAAAGGAAAAGGCUCUGCAAUCCAUCCUGCCCCCGAUGCUGCCUGGAGUGAGUGCAUCGUUCUUAUGACACAACAAGGUCCAAAGGGAAAUCCAAAUUGCCUUGGAAAUCAUCACAAGGCUCUUGGUAAUCACCACAAACUGGCCUGAAGGUGACACUUUUGGUUGGUCUUUGGAAGAGGAAGAAGAGCAGCUGAUUUGUGCUGAGAAGGAAUCCCACUUUUGACAUCAGGCACCUGACUGUGAAGAAGGGUCUGUCAGCUGCUGGCUCUCUCUCUCUCUCUUUCUCUCAGUCUCACCUUUGGAGGAGGGCGGUCGGAGCUGCUGCUUGGGGAAGGGAAUUCGCUGUGGACUGGGUUUGUGUUCUGUUUGGGGUCCAUGCUGCACUGGUUGGUGUUUUUUUGUUUUGUUGUACAUACUAGUUAAGAACUGUCAUUCCAUUCUCAUAUCUUUCUUUGCUUGAGAACCCCUUAAUUUCUAAAUUAAAAUAACUUGGAGGCAAGGGGUUUACACUUUUUGUUGCUCCUGCAUUCCUUAGCAGAUCCCUGUCUUUACAACCAAAACACCCCCAUCCCUCUGUGCCACUGUGUGGAGAGGAGGAAAGAAGGGAAUCGGGGAUAAAGUGAAGCCCAGGAAGGAGAGAAUAGUGUGGGCAAGGUGCACUUUUAG